CUUCCGGUCUCGACAGAACUCCGGCUACAACAUUUCUAACACGUCGCUUCCAUAGAUGACUCAAGCAGCUAAAGCCACAUUCUCAAUACCAGAUGAGAGGAAGGAAAUUGAUAAAGGGAUUUUGCGUAAUUGAGCCCUCUAUCACAUAAUUGGGACUGAAGAGCUGUUCGUAAUUGGUCAUCCAAAGUCGCGCUCUCAUCCGGCGGGGAAGUUUGGAGGCAGCGCGCGUCGUCUAAGGAACUUUGCCAAGGCUCGAGUGCGGGAAGGAACUUUGCCAAGGCGGAGCGUGGACGUCUAAUUUUAGAUUACAUUUUGACUAAUGAAAUACAGGUCUAGAAAGCAAUAAAUAAUAUACAUAUCGUGUUUUUACCUGUAGGUGAUGCUUUUCUUGGGGACGUUUUUGCGCAAAGGAAAUGAUCAACCUUUGACACUGUCGGGUUUUUUUCUUUGACAAUGGAACGCAAAUGAGACGGCUAUUUCCAGAUUUUUAUUAACGUUCAACGACAGGAUGCGGGAGAGAGAGCUGCGGUGCGUGGGCAGGAGAGUGCUACUGCUCGCCGUCUGUCUGCUGUCUUUGUGGGGGCAACUGAGCAUGGCCUCUUCACACCGCAGCCACAUUGUGCAUGUCAAGGCAGGAACCUGCGAGGUCAUAGCUGCACACCGCUGCUGUAACAAGAACAAAAUUGAGGAGCGCUCCCAAACUGUCAAGUGCUCGUGCUUCCCUGGGCAGGUGGCAGGCACAACCAGGGCUGCCCCCUCCUGCGUGGACGCAUCUAUAGUAGCACAGAAGUGGUGGUGCCAGAUGCAGCCUUGUAUGGAGGGAGAGGAAUGUAAGGUACUACCGGAUCUCAAAGGCUGGAGCUGCAGCACUGGGAACAAAGUCAAGACGACCAGGGUCACACGAUAGUCUGGGAUCAGAAUAUUUGGGACUCCUCAUCUAUUUCUUUGAUAAUGUAGAUGGAAAUGCAGGAACUAAGACUUGAAGACUACCUGGGGAAAUCAUGCAUCUGAACUUCAGUGGAAUAUUGAAUACAUUCUUAUAAAUGGAAACUUUCAAAAAGGACUCCUCUGCUGUUCAUUGUCAAACUUCCAGCCUUCCAUCCAUGUUUUAUAGCUAUUGGACAAGAACAUAUAUCAUGUAAAGUACAUAUUCAACAAGAUAUUGACAUAUUGACAACACAGAUAUGGAUUAAUCCCGAGAUACAGUGACACACUGCAGAACUAUGGAUUAUUUUUUUUUGUUGUUGUUGAAAAGUUCAUGACUGCUUGAAGUAUAUGUGUUCCGAGGCACUUGUGUUCAGUUCUCUAUCCUUUGAAGCCAAUGUUUUUUUCUUCUUUUUUGGGAAGAGUUUUGAUCUUUGUGAAGUGUUUAAUUUUAAGGACAAUACCAGAGCACCUGUAUUUUAAAAUGAACUAGUGCCAUCAAAAGAAAAGUAUUAAGAUGAACUGUGGUGAUAGUGGUUCGAACUUGGCAGUUUCACCGGACCAGUGAAAUUGAAAAUAGCUUGGUAACAACCAAUUUG